AUGGGCGCCGUUCUCACGGGUGCUGCCGAGGCCUUAGGCAAAGAAAACGACGUCCAGAUCGAGAAGAUCGGGUGGCUUAGCAAUAGCGAUCCGCCGAAGGCAUACGGCUCCAUGGUCGUGUACCUCUCCAAGGACUCAGAUGUGAAACGACUUCUAGGCGAGCAGUACUUUCAUGUGGAGGGAGAAUCCGGCACAGUUAAAGCAUGGGAACGCCGCUAUCGUCCCGUGCAGUGCUUUAACUGCCAGCAGAUCGGUCACAUAGCCAGGAAUUGCAGCAACCCCCAAGUCUGCGCCAAGUGUGCGACCGAGGGACACCAUCACAAGACCUGCAACAGAACCACGUAUAAGUGUGCGCUCUGCGGUGGGCCCGCCAUGAGGAGCGAAUUGAGAAACCUCCUUCAACGAGGCACCUGGAGACUGAUCGAGCGAGAGAAAGCCCGUGCACCGCCACUGCCACUAAAAUGGGUUUACACCUAUAAGUUCGAUCAGGACGGCUACCUUCAAAGAUGCAAGGCUCGUAUCUGCGUGCGUGGAGAUCUUCAAGAAGUCGAUGACAGUCUCGAGACGUAUGCUGCCACGCUCGCAGCAAAGACCUUCCGCGUCGUAAUGGCAACAGCUGCACGGUUCGACCUUGACAUUCGACAAUUCGACGUCGGAAACGCAUUUCUAUACAGCGAUCUCAACAAGGACCGCCCCGUUUACGUCCAAUUGCCCAAGGGUUACGUGGACUUGGGGUUCCUGAAACCCGGGGAAACGCCAACCAUGGUCGCGGAACUCGAGAAGGCGCUUUAUGGUCUCCGAGAAUCUCCACUUCUAUGGUAUAAUGAGGUUUCGCAAGCGCUCAAAGAAGCAGGAAUCGACCGUACUGAUGAGGAGCCCUGCGUCUUCACCAAUGGCAAGAUCCUUGUUCUCGAAUAUGUUGACGAUAUCCUGGUGGUGGGCCCACGCCAAGAAAAAGAGGCGAUAGACGUCCUCGUCAGACACCUUCAGUCCAAGUACGACCUACGUGAAGAAGACUUCCGAUGGUAUCUGGGAAUUAGGGUCGUUAGGGACCGACCGAACAGGAGGAUCUACCUCUGCCAAGACGCGUACAUCGACAAAGUCGCUCGAAAGUUCAGACUCAGCGACUCAAAGGUCCGGGUUCCAUCGAUCCCAAUUACAACUGUUCCUCUCACAAAACACGCUGGACAGGCCUCCAAGGAUGAAAUCAAGGCUUAUCAGGCACGUGUUGGGUCUUUGAUGUACGUCGCCGUCAUGACCAGACCAGACAUAUCGCGAGCGGCAGCCCAGCUAGCGAGGUUCCUGACAAACCCGUCACCCGAACACCUGGCAGCGGCCAACCAGUGCAUUCGAUACCUUUAUACGACAAGGUAUUUGGCCAUUGUUUAUAAUGGAAUGCAUGAUGGAGAGGCGCUUGUUAUCGCAAGCGAUGCAUCGUUCGCCGACGACGUCGAGACUCGCCGAUCAUCGCAGGGAUACGUGAUGAUGCUGUUCAACGGACCAGUCGCAUGGAAGGCUGGCCUUCAGGACACUGUCACUACCUCAACUACUGAAGCAGAAAUUCUGAGUCUUGAAAGAGCCGCCAAGGAGAGCUACGCAUUGGACCGACUCCUCCGAGACAUUUCUCUCGACCUUGGCCCGCUGAAGAUAUUCUGUGAUAAUCUGCAGUCCAUCCGUCUUGUGGUGGAGGAGAACCAGAGAAUCACAACAAAGUUGCGGCACGUCGACAUCCAGAACAUGUGGUUAAAGCAGGAGUUUAGAAAGGGCAGGUUUCUAGUGGAAUAUCUGGAGACUAACCGAAUGCCAGCCGACGGCUUGACAAAGGCACUCUCCAGAUCGAAGUUUGAGCACUUCCGGUCGUUGCUGAACCUAGUCGACAUCAAAAAGCAGGUGGACGUGGGGGAAAAGUGA